AUGAAAAACGCAAGAGCAUGCAAAAGGGCGAAGACUGUGAAGCGCCAUGCCAGCAUGUACACCUUCCCGGAGCCCCCCCACAGCAAUUCCGAUGAAGAUAAUGGGGAAGACAAGGUUGAUAGCAAUGACCCAGAGCAGAUCUUCCAGAACAUCCAGUUCCAGAAGGAGAUCAUGGCCAACAUCCGUUGCAGACCGUGGCCCAUGAGGCAGAAACUCCGGGCGUUAAGACAAGCUAAAGAGAUUGUGUUGAAAUAUGAAGGUCGUCUGACGCGGACCAGAGGCUACCAGGCAGCUGGAGCAGAGCUGUGGCGAAAAUUUGUUCGACUUGCAUAUAACUUUAUGGUCAUCUUUAUUCCUUGGGAAAUGAGAAUCAAGAAAAUAGAAAGUCACUUUGGCUCUGGAGUCGCCUCUUACUUUAUUUUUUUGAGAUGGCUAUUUGGAAUCAAUAUUGUCCUCACGAUCAUGACGGGAGCAUUUGUGGUUUUACCAGAGAUCCUGGCUGGUGAACCCUUUGGAAGUACCCCCAGCAAGAAGAUCCCAAAGGAUCAACUGGGCUCCGCACAGGACUUGGAUACUAUCUGGUCUUUGGGGGGUUACCUCCAGUACUCUGUUUUAUUCUAUGGUUACUAUGGCCAGGCCAGGAAGAUUGGGACGGCAGGAUACCGGCUGCCCCUUGCAUACUUCCUUGUCGGAAUGGCAGUCUUCGCUUACAGUUUCAUCAUCCUCUUAAAGAAGAUGGCCAAAAAUUCAAGAAUGAGCCUGGCAAGCGCCUCUGAUGAAAAUUAUACAUUUUGUUGGCGCGUGUUCUGUGCUUGGGAUUAUCUCAUUGGGAAUCCAGAAGCUGCGGAGAGCAAAUCGGCUGCCAUCGUGAACAGCAUCAGGGAAGCAAUACUGGAAGAGCAGGAAAAGAAGAAAAGCACGAAUCUUGGAGUGACAAUAAGCUUGAGGAUCAUUGCCAACAUCCUUGUGCUCCUCUCUCUGGCCGGAAGCAUUUACAUCAUUUAUUUCGUGGUGGAUCGAUCCCAGAAGUUAGAGCAGACAAAAACGGAGCUGACCCUCUGGGAAAAGAAUGAGGUCAGUGUUGUCGUCUCGCUCAUCACAAUGCUUGCGCCUUCUGCCUUUGAACUGGUAGCUGCCUUGGAGAUGUACCAUCCCCGAACCACACUGCGCUUUCAGCUUGCCAGAGUUCUUGUCCUGUACCUGGGUAAUCUCUACAGUUUGAUUAUCGCGCUUUUGGAUAAAGUGGACAGCAUGAGCAUCGCUGAAUCUGCCAUUCACAAAAAUGGAACCAACGCAGUAGAUGCUACCACUUUCUUAGCUACUAAAACCUUUCUGGAAGACAGCUUUUCAACAACUAUUCCCAACGUGCGAAUUAUGAAGAAUGGUACCAUCCCUCCGGUUGAGAAUCGCACACAAAGCCAUGCCCUGCCUGCCAACCUGGUGGGGACCAACAAGACAGCUCAAUGUUGGGAGACCUAUGUGGGUCAAGAAAUGCUGAAGUUGUCAAUUAUCGACAUGCUCUUCACCGUGGCCAGCAUCCUGUUGAUCGACUUCUUCCGUGGGCUUUUCGUCCGAUAUUUAAGUGACUGUUGGUGCUGGGAUUUGGAAAGCAAGUUUCCUGAAUAUGGUGAAUUCAAAAUAGCAGAAAAUGUCCUGCAUUUAGUCUACAACCAAGGGAUGAUUUGGAUGGGAGCCUUCUUUUCACCUUGCCUGCCAGCCUUCAAUGUCCUCAAGCUGAUAGGACUGAUGUACCUGCGCAGCUGGGCAGUCUUAACAUGCAACGUGCCUCAUCAGCAAGUCUUCCGAGCUUCCAGGUCGAAUAACUUCUACUUGGCCAUGCUGCUCUUCAUGCUCUUUUUGUGCAUGCUUCCAACCAUAUUUGCUAUUGCCCGUUAUAAGCCAUCUCUAAACUGUGGCCCAUUUAGUGGGCAAGAAAAAAUAUACGACAUUGUGUCUGAAACUAUUCAAGCUGACUUUCCUGUCUGGUUCAACAAGGUGAUGACUUAUGUGAGCAGUCCUGUAGUUGUCCUCCCGGCUUUAUUACUUCUGUUCAUGCUAAUUUAUUACCUGCAGAGCAUUGCAAGAUCGUUAAAAUUCACUAACAAUCAACUGAGGAUGCAGAUCCAGAAUGAGAGAUCUGAAGACAAGAAAAAAGUGGUCCAAAUGGCUGCAGCCAGAAUCCAAACGAUUGAAGGGCAUGACAAACGGCCAGAGCAGGAAUGUGAUAUCGUCAGCCAGGAGUCUUCUGCCCGGUCCUCAACGCCAAGGAAGAAUGGCAGCGUGGUGAAUUUUGAGUCUCCCAAAGGCAGCCGGAUACAGACAAUCUCUCAGUCUGUACCACAGCCGGACGUGGCGAAGGCGGUCAGCCCAAACCCAGCAAAUGCUACCCCAGCGGCUCCGACACCUGUAGCUCCAAUACCUGCCACUCCGACGCCUUCUCUUCCCCCUGUGCAGAAGCCGAGAACUGAACCUGCGCCCAACAGAUACCCAAGCGCUGUCCAUGGGAGUGCCAGUGAACUCUGCAAAGCUAAGGCUUACGCUCCUGCAAAGUUCAAGAAGCGCGUAGAAGACGUCCAUUCAGAACCUCUGUUUAGGAAGAGCCUCCGGCAAAUCAAUCCAGAAGCUCACAGCUCCACCGGUGCCCCUCCUUUUGUGGGCCGCAGAGCUCACACCGCCCGGUACUUUAUCGUCAACGAGCAUGAACCACGCAAGAAAAUCCUCCGCUCAACCACCCGGCUGCCAAGGAAUUUCCGAAUGGACGACACGGGCGAGAUAGUCGAGCUGUAUCCGAGAAACGUCCGAAGGUACUUGGUUCGGACACCGCACCGGGCGUAUUCCCCUCAUUUCAGCGAAGAGGAGGAAGAGGAGUUCCGGAGAAGCAUGGCUGGCCGAUCACACCGCCCGCGGUCGCUUUCUGAUCUCCGAGCAGCCCCCCGUUUCUACAUUGGGGAGUGUGCCGACAGCCAAAUUCUGACCAGCAAGGCCCUGGCUAAAAUGCACUACAAAUCUUGGGAAGACGGCUUUGGACUAGCCUUCGACAGGCCCCCACAUGCCCACCGAAAGGUUCACGUGAAGAACAUUGAACUGGAGCAGCCUUACCCGGAGCCCCACGUGAAGGCGAAAUCCAAACACAAGCCUGAACCAUCCCCGACUGAGUCUGACUCCCCUUCGGUCGGCUCUAGCAGUGACCAGCCAACCAGUGGCAAUGACCAAUACAUCCAGGUCAUUCAUAGCAAAGAAAAGUACCUGAAAUCUGGAGCGAAACUAACCAGGAAGAAAUCCAAGACAAGUGUUGACUUAAACAUGGCUGAGGCUAAUGAACUGAUAUGCUCAAAUGUCUAG